GUGUUUUUUUUUUGUUGGGCAAAAAACAGUGUUGAAAUUUAUUGAAGGCUCCUUUUUUCGUACUUAAUCAUAAUGCAGUGUUGUGUCUCUGUUUAAGUGUCUCUGUGUUACAUCAUCAGUGAUUAAGCUGAAGAUUUCGUGAGUAUAAUUCAGAAAUGUUCACUCAAGUGCCCACAACUUUUUUGAUCAUAGAUCGCCUAACUAAAGAUAUAAGUCACAGUUGGGAGUGAAGUGAAUAACGUUAUCAGUGCGCUGCGCCAUCAGCAUAAUGGGCAGUAGAGGAGCGCCUCCACAGGUGUUUGGAGGCAUGGUGGCCGCAGUACGGAAAAGGUACGAGGAAGGAGUAGGAGGAGGAAGGGGAGGAGGAGGGGGUGGAAUAAGCCCCAGCGGGAAGCGGGUAGUUGCGCCAGCCUCCACCACCAACACCACCACCACCGCUGCCGCUGCUGCAACACCAAAGAGGUUCCGAGUUGCCACUAAAGUCAGUCUGAGCUCAGCGAGUGUCGCUCCGAGAGUUGCCUGUGUCCAGGGCACCGCCUCUAGUGGCAGCGUUGACCGUGUCUCCAGUCCUGCUCCUACUAGAACAACUACCACCAACAAAUCAACACUUGGUAGCAACAACAAGAGAGUGAGUGUUGGUGGUUCUAGAUCGUCAUCGUUGCUGAGACGUCAAGCCUCAGAUAGCGGUGUGUCGAUCACUUCCUCAUUUGCGGGAGACGAGGACAUUGCUGGAGCAGCGGCGAAUUUUUCGGCUCCGUCAAGUCCUGAAAUUGACGCUAAUUCAUCUGUGAUUGAGCUCACAAGUGAGAAACUGAAAGAAUUAGACGAGUAUAACAAAAGUGUCUUAGCUCAGCUUGCGGCUCAAACUUUCGGUGAUGGUAAUAACAGCUGCAGUAGUGUUUUCGAAGCUGUUCGAUCUGAAGAAGUGACAGCAGAAGCUUUUAGUCAAAUUAAAGACGACGCAAACUGGAAGACUGCCUGGAAAGAGCUGGCAGGUGUUACACCCUCCCGGAGACUCUUACAGUUGAUGCGACGGCUGCAAGCCAAGUGGACUGGAGACCACAACACUACGUUAUCUCACGCGACUUUAACGUGUUCAGGCGACGGAGGCAGUGCCAGGCCCUUCUUGAAAGGUUCCGCCUUAUUAGACGGCGCGCGGAGAGUCGCAGUGGCAUCGCCCUCGGGAGCUUUAAUUGCUUCGCGUGGAGGUCACGUUAGAUCGUACGUAAAUACACAGAACUUGAAGGCAUUGCGCCAGGAUUUAAUUGCUAAUUCUGGCAAGACUAAUACUGAUCAAAACAACGAGUUAGUUUGCUUAACUACUGACACUAACCAACACUGGCAGCCUAUCGAUGUUCUUAACAUGACUCAUCAGCGCGAGGAAACAGCCCCGCCUCUCCGUCCUAAUCGCAGCAAAAGCAGAGCCCCUAUUCCCAGUAUGGGGAGGCGAGGCUACACCAAUUGUCAGGGAGACAACAAAUUACCCCCAAGUCCACAGGUGGGACGCAAGCUACCAUCAAGUCCUCAAGUGAAUCGCAAACAAAUGACAAGCCCACAACCCACUCGUAAAGAACAAAUAAUCCCCAGUGUGGCUAAAACUAGACCUCCUAGUCCUGUAACGUUUCAUAUGACACGAAAGCAAAUCUCAUCAAAUUUUUCACGCGAACUGCCGCCCAGUCCCGUCAUGUCUCGGCGACAAGCGACUUCAGCGCUACAAAGCUGCCCUCAAGUGAUCCGUGUCCAGCCACCUCCUAGUCCCUGCUUGGGUCGUUCUCAGCCUCCUAGUCCCAGCACACAGAGACGAAACAUGAUGACGGGCCCCAUUGUGGACCGAAGUGCGCCUUGUGCCUCGCCGCUACUGCCGCGUUCUCGUGACUCCAGCGCCAUGCGCAGCUCUGACAUCCACCAUAAUAUUGGUCGAUCUGUGAAGUCGCCUGGCCUCCCUCGUGCCUGCGCUCCCAGGGAACAAAUUGUGCCUGCGAGAGGGCGGUGUCCGCAAGCAAAGUCUGCUAUUCACAAUCCACGCACGGCGAGGUCGCAAACUAGAGGGGAUACCCAGCGAUCGGUCCCUCGAGGGUCCUCACAGCCACCUGUACAUCGCGGAGAACAUGUAAAUAUUUCUUCACGGCUUCGAGAAGACGUUCUCGCUGCGUUUGGAGUGAAACUAAACGGCGUAUCACGAACAACGCCACAUCGUCCUUCUGUUUCUAACUAUAAUCAUACGACGAGCAUCGAUGUACCAAUCAAUCCUUAUCAGUACGAAGAAGACCGAAAACUUUCUUUGGAUUCAAACUCGUCAGGUAUCAGCGGCUGUUCUGAUGAUAGUCUCAACGUUGCCAAUGAUAAUUUUAUUGAAAAUUAUAAUGACCGUCAUCCAGAAAUAGUGUCUGCUAGUAUGGGCUUCUCUCCUCACGGUCACCUUACCCACACAAUUUAUGAUCCUCACAUUACAGACGAAGCAGAUAAUUUGUCGGUAAAUAGUCACAACUGUGCUGGGCCCGUCCUGGCCGAGCGCUGUUUCCCUCAGUCGCAGACUGAUUACAGCCAACCGCAUGCGACCAACAAAAGACGGAUUGCUUCCUCUCGCGCUCCCUCAAUGCAGCCCAGCAAAUCUGUGCCGGAAUGUCCUAUUAGUGGAUUCUCAGAUAGCAAUACCAUAAGCAGCUGCAGCAGCUCUGACAGUAAUAAAGAAAACAAAAAACACCGCAGUCGGGUUCAUCUUGGAGGAGAUGAUGCUAGCGCAACAUCUUCUCAUUUUGCUGAUUCAGAUUUGUCCCAUAAUACCGGAAAACCAAUCAAAGCAACAACAAUUAGCAUUAAUUUAGGACCGAUAGUGCCACUGGAGAGCAGUGUUGCAUUCAGCCGUCAAUCUGCGUCUUCUAAGAAGUCCUUGCCUUCUCCGUCGCGACCAUCCCCUUCUUCUAAACGUCCGGCACCGUCCCCCAACAAGUUGGUAACAGCGGGAAGAAAACAGCCGAGCCAAGAUCGGCGGAGUUCCGAAACUAAAGCCAGUAAAUAUGAAACCAAUCCUUCUCGUCGCGGUUCGCGUGAGACCAUUGACCCUUGGAGCAGGGCGAGUAGCAGAAGCUCUGUUGCAAACGGCUACCGAGACGAGUGUCACGACAAGGUUUCUGGUUCCAAUGAUAGAUUGAGCGGUAGCACGUUAGUGCGGACUGGUCUGCAAGACCGCCAGCAACGGAACUGUCCUCUGGUGCGUGAUCACAAGCCCGUGUCACGGCUGGUUAGGAAAGGAACUUUCAGGAUAGUCGAUGUUCGUGCAGCCAAUGGACAAGAUAUUGCACCUUCCGUGCGUUUGCGAUACUUGAUGCAGCGUGCGCACAGCGGCGAAGAGUCCGCGCAUCUUACCGACUCCUCUUCGUCAUCUUCUGUGGCGUGCAACGGCUCUCCACGCUCUAGAAAAUUGCAGAGCGCUCUGUCUGAGCUACAUCUUCUGCCUGACGUGGCACCUACUGCCACAGAGCCACCCACACCACCUGUCGACACCGGCACUCGUGUCUCAGGUGGUCUUUUCGACGAGUACAGCUCCUCGUCGCAGGUCAGUAUCGAGGACGUCACUGACGAAGACAUAUCACGCCCCUCACUCACCUCACCCUUGCACCUGUCCGAGAUAUUAGCUCACCAGCAGAAUGCGUCCAGUAAGAUGCUCUCGUUGGAGGUCAAGACCGAUGAGAGGUUCACUGGCGUCUCCGUUGUUCAGUCUUCACUCACUUGCUAUACCGUCCAGCAGCCUGACGAACAGGGCUACCCGCCUGUUACCCUAGAAGAUGGAAGCAACCACACCGGCGGAGCGGUACACGCUCGUCCACGCCCCCGAGCUGCUCACGGCGAGCGCGACUCUGGCAUUGAAACGCACCGCAACUCGCAAUACGGUUCCAUGACGCUGGACCAGUUCCGCCUCAUCUCAGUCUUGGGGCGUGGUCACUUCGGUAAAGUCAUACUGGGUCAAUACAAGACCACCACCGAAUACUUCGCCAUCAAAGCUCUCAAGAAAGCCGACAUCAUCAACCGGGAUGAAGUCGAGAGCUUGCUUGCAGAAAAGAGGAUAUUCGAAGUCGCCAACUCUGUGCGGCAUCCUUUCCUUGUAAAUCUCUUCUCGUGCUUCCAGACUGAGAGUCACGUAUGCUUCGUGAUGGAGUACGCAGCAGGCGGCGAUUUAAUGAUGCACAUCCACGCCGAUGUAUUCGACGAGCCUCGCGCAGUGUUUUACGCCGCGUGCGUCGUGCUCGGUCUUCAGUAUCUGCACGACAAUCGCAUCAUCUAUCGGGACCUGAAGCUCGACAACCUCCUGCUUGACACUGAUGGCUAUGUUAAAAUUGCCGACUUUGGUUUAUGCAAAGAAGGCAUGGGAUAUGGCGACCGAACUGGAACUUUCUGUGGAACUCCGGAAUUCCUGGCGCCAGAGGUGCUCACGGAGACCUCCUACACACGCGCCGUCGACUGGUGGGGCCUGGGAGUGCUUAUCUUCGAGAUGCUUGUCGGCGAGAGCCCGUUCCCUGGUGACGACGAAGAAGAAGUAUUCGACAGUAUCGUUAACGAUGAAGUUCGGUACCCAAGAUUCUUGUCCAUUGAAGCUGUUGCGAUCAUGCGCAAGCUGCUGCGUAAGCAUCCCGACCGCAGACUAGGCGCGUCAGAAAAAGACGCCGAAGACGUAAAGAAGCAACACUUCUUCCGUACCGUCAACUGGAACGACUUGUUGCAACGCAAGAUCAAGCCUCCUUUCGUACCCACUGUGACUUCACCUGAAGAUGUGAGCAACUUUGACGAGGAGUUCACCAACGAGAAGGCUGUUCUCACGCCGCCUAAGGAGAGUCGGAUCCUCAACCAAUUCGACCAGCGAUUGUUUAAAGAUUUUAAUUACAUGGCUGAUUGGUGUUGAAAGCUACGAACCUUAGAUGCCAGUGUCAUAGAAACCAUCACAAACGAAGUCCUGUUGGCGUCUCUCACACUACACGCUUACAAAAGAGAUGCCUUGUUUCUCUAUUAGUUUUGUCUCGAAAUACUGAUAUAAACGAAACAUCGAAGAGCCUUGCAUCGCUUAUUGAACGACUACGUGUUUGUACUGAUGUGUGUUAGUGAAGGAUAUGCCUGUUGUAAACAUAUCGUGCCUUGUUAUCUAUGCGAAAGUAACGAGUACAUUACUCGCUUCUGAGCUGCAAGCACCGAUGUAAAAUGCGAGUGUAGAACUUACGGAGGGAAUUAUCUCAUGUUCACCAUAUAAUUACAUGAUUAGUUUGUUCCAUAGCUGAUGAAAACAUUCAAAUUAUUCUGGUUUCGCCUAGUAUACUCAAUGAUUAGCUUUCGCAAUGACCGAUUAAUGACUAUCCUACUUAGCAGUCUAAUUUUUGUAGAUUUUUGUAUUUCCUGAUUCGUCGCUCAAUUUUAUUAUGAGAUGUUUAUUGCGAUCAUAAUGUGUUGAACCUCGAGAGCUCAGCUCAAUAUCUCUCGAAGUUUCAUUGUUCCCUUCAUAUUACGUUAGUGUAGCUAUUUUGCUUAACAGGAGCAAUUGUAUAAACAACUCUUCAAGGUUAAAUAUAAUGAUUUAAUUUAAAUUAACCACCCCUUCGACCUAAAAACACGAAUCAUUUCUCGUUGUCUGCUACCCGUGAAUUGCGUGUCACCCUAACUCCAUCGCCUACGCCUACGGCUAAGUUAACUGACUCGGCAAAGUUAUUUAACAGUUUAUAGAGCGCGCCCGUAGCUCGUGUAUAUAAUGUAUGUCUGUGUAUAUAUAUGCAAUAGGUAUACUCUGAAUGCUCUCAUAGUCUCAAGACAGUUGAUUGGUAUGGAUAUUUUUGAGAACGUGUUAUCUUGUUUCUUCGGUAUGUUACAGUUAAAAAAUUUUUGUGAACAAUAGUAAUCUAAUCGUAGGUAGCUACUAGUGAUGUCAUUUAAAAAUAUUGAUGAACUUUGUUACCCAUGGAUUUUAAUUCUGCAAGUUAUUGCUUCGUCGUUAAUGUUCAGAAAUGGGCUUAAGAAACUGCUGUCUUACUUUGAACUCUUUCUGGUUAUCGUCCUACGUCUCUCGGUAGGUUGAUGAAUUGCAUUUACAUCUAACAUGAGCGAAAAUGAACCUCAAUGUGAACACAGAUCCUGCACGGGUAAGCAACUUGUGCACUAAGAUGUCCUUUCCUCUCAUCGAUUUAUAAUUUCUCUGGUUGAGAGCCGUUGCAGAAAAUGAUCCUCAUCAUAUUACUCCAGUUUGGUCCUAGGAGGUGCAGUGCUGACCCGCACUACUCUGCACCAACACCACCAUCCUCCCAUUGUGGUAAAGUGCUGCCCCGCACUGCUCGGCACUAACACCCCCAUCCUCCCAUUGUGGUAAAGUGCUGCCCCGCACUGCUCGGCACUAACACUCCCAUCUUCCCAUUGUGGUGGGAGGUGCUGUGCCGCAUCAACACCCCUCCCAUUGUGGCAGUGACGCACCCACUUCUUCUGGCACCGGCAUCCCUCCUUCUAUGUGCCGUCCGAUACCUUGUGAUAUAUUGAGGCCUUUCCUAAUGCACCUAAACCUGAAAUUUCUUGUGUAUUUAUACCUUAAAGAAUUGAAAAGUGUUUCCUAAUUGGUAUGAAAUGUUUAUAUGUUCAUUAAUCGAAUUCUGUUACUGGAUAACGGGUUGAUUAUAACAUUACAGCAAGUUAGUUACUCCUGUGAUUAGAUUGAGUAAAUGAUGAGCUGACUCAACUGUGUUACCUAUUGGCUCUGCUCUAAUAGUGAUAACUGUUCACUCGCCUUAGGCUAAUGAAUUUUUAACAGUUCAUCAUUAUUGUUGUGCUCUGGACUCGUCGAAGCCUAUAACCAUUAACGUCUCCCAAGCUUAUGCUGCCAAAAGAUGUGUCACAACUGUAAACCUAAUGCGAUUAUCUAAUUAAACUAAUCAAAACUUUUGUUAUGUCAUAUUAUUAAUUUUACGAAGUUUGUCGAUUAUUUUAUGAACUUUAUUGCUUCGUCUCUUGUGGCACAUUAAUGAGGCAAAGAACUCUUUUGUAAUGAUACUGUCUUCAAUAAAUUUAUACAUACAUUU